AUGGGUAUGCCUCUCUGUGAUAACAAAAAAAACCAGUUCCUGGAAGCAUCAACGACUAUGGAAUUGUCAAAUCAAAACCUUUACCUCUCUAUGUUGUGGUGUCUCAUCUUCAUCAUCAUUGUGUUGAAGCUCAUAAGUACAAGAAGCAAUAAGCCAAAUCCGCCUCCAUGUCCUCCUAAAUUACCUUUUAUUGGCAAUCUUCAUCAGAUCACAGGAACACUCACUCAAAUCUCUUUGAGAUCUCUCUCACAGAAGUAUGGUCCUCUUAUGUUGCUGCACUUUGGUCAAAUCCCAACUUUAGUGGUUUCUUCUGCAAAUCUUGUCAGAGAAAUGGCCACAACCAACGACGUCGUUUUCUCUUCUCGUCCCUCAAUGACAGUCGCAAGAAUCUUUUACUAUGGAUGUAAGGACCUGAGUUUUUCACCCUAUGGUGAAGAUUGGAAAUACAAAAGGAAACUCUCCAUUAUUGAGUUCUUGAGCUCGAAAAAGGUGAGGUCCUUUCAACUUAUCAGAGAAGAGGAAGUUGCAAACUUGGUUAAUAAGAUUCCUGAAGCUUGCAGGAAGAAUAUACCAGUGAAUUUGAUUAAGAUGCUUGUUGCAACCUCAGGAAAUAUACAUUGUAGAUGUGUUUUUGGUCACAAGUAUGAAACCCUAGAUGGUAAAAGCAGCAGGCUUGAAGAAUUAGUCAUGGACUUGAUGCAUCACUUCGGAGAGUUCAGUUUUGGAGAUUUCUUUCCUUCACUGUGGUGGAUGGAUUUUGUUACAGGGCUCAUCCCCAGAAUGAAGGCCAAUUUUAGAGAAUUGGAAGCUUUCAUCGACAAAGAGAUCCAACAACAUAAGGGCGGGAAAAUGAAUAUUGAGAAUAAGGACUUCGUAGAUUGCAUGCUUCAACUUCAACAUGAGGAUGAUACGCCUAACGUUGGCCUCUCUUUACCUAGCAUCAAGACACUGAUACUGGAUAUGGUCGCAGGGGGAUGGGAAACUACUUCAACUGCUAUAGAAUGGGUUAUGGCGGAACUGAUGAAGAAUCCAGAGAAGAUGAAGAAAGCCCAAGAAGAGGUGAGAAGAGUUGUGGGAAACAAACCAAAAAUAGAAGAAAAUGAUGUGAAUCAGAUGAGCUACUUGAGAUGUGUUGUGAAGGAAACUAUGAGACUUCACCCACCUGGUCCUCUUCUUCUUGCAAGGAAAACUGAUGGCAGUGUGAAACUGGGAGGGUACGAUAUUCCACCAAAAACAAGAGUGAUUGUGAAUGCAUGGGCGAUUCAGAGAGAUCCUGAUGUGUGGGAGAGGCCUGAAGAGUUCACACCAGAGAGAUUUGAGAAUAGUGAGGUUGAUUUCAAAGGCCAAGACUUCGAGUUAAUACCCUUUGGUUUUGGAAGAAGAGUGUGUCCUGGAAUCUUAUUUUCGGUUGCGUCAAUUGAGUAUACACUUGUGAAUCUCUUAUAUUGGUUUGAUUGGAAGCUGCCUGAUAAUAAUAAUGGAACUAAAGAUGAAUCUGGAAAGGACAUAGAUAUUAGUGAGACAAAGGGCAUGCUUGCUGCCAUGAAGCUUCCUCUUCUGCUUCAACCAGUUCCAUAUUGCCCUAAAACUUGA